AUAUAAUAUUUAUAUACCAAGACCAAGGAUAAUUUAAACUGCAUGGAUCAAGACGUCAUGCACAAUAUUAUGCACACAUUCUCCCACAAUGCAUGCAUCUAUUAAAACAUAAUGCACAAUUGCACUCUUGACAUGCAAAAAUUCUCCUGUGCUGCAUUAAUUGUACUCUGAUAAAAUCCGUGUCCAUGCGGUUAUAUGAUGAUCAAGUUGAGAAAUUUUGGUUUUUGUUAUAUGAUAAACAAUUUGAGAAGGAGGGAGUAACUCUUAACUAUAAAAAGGUUCGUUUUAUUUUUGGAGUAAUUGUGUUUCUACUCUUGCUUUACGAUUCAAUUGUGAUUUUACUCCUACUUUUUAGGGUUUGUGAUUUUGCCCCUGCUUUUUAAAAACGAAGCAGCCACGUGCCCCUACUCUGUUAACUAAUGGUAACGGUGUUAAAUUUGUGGUGAAUGGACAAAUAUACCCCUGGACAUGUUUUGCCAUUCAAUGAUAAUUUCUAGAGCAAAACGAACACUAAUGUCUGAUGAUUAGAAAAAAGGAGGUAAAAAGUGACAGAUAUUUGCAUUUUUGCUCGUGAUAGAGAUUUAGACUUGAUAACCGAACAGUUGCAUGGUAUUUAUGCCAUCCCAACUAACUAAAUGCACAAUAAUACUCCCGUCUCCUCCGGCGUCGGCAGCGCCAUGGAAGGCGAUGCGGUGCUCGACUGCGACGUCUUUUCGUACACCGACGCUGACGACGCCAACGCGCACUUCUCCUCCUCCGUCUUCGCCAGCUCAGCCUCUGACUCGGCCAUGUACUCAUACUCCGACGAGGAGCAGCUGCUCACCACUGGCGACGGCAGCCCGAGCGAGUCCCUCUCGUCGACGGCAAAGUCGUCUUCCUCACCGUCAUCCUCGUCGCGGCGCCUCCAGAGGCCGUCCCUUCGCAUGCAGCCGCGGGGCCGCCGUGCCUCCCUGCGCGAGCGCCCGCCGCGCCUCCCUGCCCGCGCCCGACUCCGCCGUGUGCUGGCCCGCGCCACCGCUCCUCCCUGCCGCGUGCUGGCCGCGCGUCGCCGCCGCCGCUUGUCGCGUGCGCCGCCGCCGCCACUUGCAACCGGGACAGUAAAAGGGAUUGGGGAUUUUGCUCAUUGAACCAAGGGUAGAAUGGUCAUUCACAAAUGAUAAUAAUAUUAUCUUUCUUCAUUUAAUUAGGAAAU